GUGGAGGGGGUUCGGGUCUGCUGUUGGUUGGUACCGCUGAAUCCCUUUGUUGUGGCAGUGGGCUCGGCGGGUUCAUGUUGUGCUGGAGCUCACUGAGGGAUAUGAAUCUUCCUGCUACUGACACAGUGCGGGGGAAGCGCCGAGCCGAGUGAGUGGCCCACGCCUCAGGCUGGCCGCUCCAUGCCUUUCAGUUAAUUCAGCGCUGACCCGUGCGUGUGCAUCCAUCCUGGGGCUCUCUGUGGCCGGUGUUCAUCGGCUGAAAUAAGAAUGAGGAACAUGGAUGUAAAAUAUCAUGGAUGAUACAUUGAACGAUGUUCAAGUCAAAACAAUCAACGAUUGCAAUGGCAACAGAGACAGAACAUGCUCAAGCACUGCUGAAAACGUUCAGCACAGCAUCAGUCAUUUCGAGUAUUGGACUAGGAAUUUUCUGCUUCCUCUCUGAUCACUGUUUACAGUUUUCAUUAAUACAGAGCAACGAUUGGCUUAGGGCUUUUUCAGACAACGCUGUGCAUGGUGUCAUCGGACUGUGGUCUUGGGCUAUUGUCAUUGGAUUGAGAAAGAAGAGUGAUUUUUAUGAGGUAAUUUUAGCUGGCCUUCUGUCUUCUGUCAUUGAUGCUGACCACUUUGUGGCAGCUGGAUCCUUAUCUUUGAAGGCUGCAUUGCAUCUCCCACAAAGGCCUCCGCUGCAUUGCUCCACAGUCAUACCUGUGGCAGCCUUUUCAGUGAAACUUGCCAUGUGGAUAUUUAGACUUAAAGAUUCUUGGUGCUUCCUUCCGUGGAUGGUCACCAUUUCCUGGGUCUCCCAUCAUGUCCGCGAUGGCGUCCGCCACGGUCUUUGGUUCUGUCCCUUUGGAAGUACAGCUGCUGUGCCGUAUUGGACCUACAUAGCAAUUACAUCCUCGUUCCCACACCUUUGCUCUGUUCUAAUGUACAUGACUGGUACGAGAGAAACAAUGUCUAUGUCCCAUGGAAUUGCAAUUGAUGUAUAACACUAUGAUGUUCUUUUUCUUUUUUAAGGUACAGCACCUUGCACUGAACUAUGUUAAUAUGGAAAUUCUAACUAGCAGUAUACUUUUUGUGGGACUUCUGUGUAACAGGGGAUCAUGGCAUCAUGCAAUCCAUUCAAAAUCAUCGCUACAUUCCAUUCACUGAAGCUGCUUAAUGUUUGUGUAUUUAGGAAAGUAGCUGUAGUACUUUAAGCUUGUAAACAUGAUCAAAUCUUCACAACAUAACUAGCUUUCAAAUGAUCAAGUGAAUGUACUGUGAUUGUUAGUUAUAUUUAUUUAUACAAGGAUGCUAGUUUGUUGAAAAUAGAUGCUGUGGUGUGAUAGUACUGGAUUAUCUAUAGUUGUGACUAUAAUUUAUGACACUUAAUAUUUUGUAAACAGUGAGUACUUUUGUUUAUAGUGAUCUGAAAUAACUCAAUUUCAAAUUAAAUUAAACAGUUUUCACUUAUAUCCCAAAAUUCCUUGUGCACUGCUUUUCACU